UCCUACAUACCUUAGUCGCUAGUGCCGUUUCAGGCGUUGUGUUGACCGCCGAAGUUUUUAAAAAUUAAUUAAAUAUUCUAUCAAAUAUACUACCAACUUGGAUGGAACAUUGAACCUCAAUCGAUCAAUGUUCAACCAAGUUUUUUUUUUCAAUUAAAAUAGUUCACCUUGGUUCUUUAUCUGGUUUCCUUUAUUUUUGUCACUUAGAAAAUUAUUUAAAACGUUAACUUGUGAGAAUUUUUAUCGAAAACUUUAGUUCUUGAAUUGUGAAGAGAAAAAAUAACCCCAAAAUCAUGUCGAGUUCGGUUAACGAGGAUAUUGAGGAUUUGGACAAACUGGAGACGGAGUUGGGGAUGAAUUUUGAAGCUUGGAAGUUGCACAUGUCAAAACUGAUGAAAGAUAACGAAAAAUAUCGACAAGAGAAUCAUUCACUCCAGUGUAAACUCGAAAUUAGCUCGACGAUGCAGCAGGAGAUGCAUGAGCUGCAGGAGGUUCUUGAGAAUGCAGCCAAUGAGCUUCAGAAACUUACUGAUAAGCAAAUCCACGAUCUCCAAGAGAAACACAUGAAACAAAAAAAUGAUUUGCUAUCUCGUCUAUCGGAAAUGGAAACAAAAAACUCAUUACAAUCCGAAGAGAUUGAGAAAUUACAAAGGGAAAUACAAGAACUCAACAAAACAUUACAAUCAAUUCAAAAUGAGACACCGGUAAUGGUCGAAGAAGACUUUGCUUUGCAAGAGGAAAUGGCAAAUCUAGUUUCUCAAUUACUCCAGAAAGAUCACAACAUACAACUGAUGGGAAAGUCUCUGGAGGACUUUACCAAUGAGAAUUCACAGCUGAAAGAGAUCUUGAAAGAAACGAAACAGAAUUUACACGAGAAGAAAGAGCAACUGGAAAAUACUCGGCAUGAGUUGAUGGGGUUGAAGAGGGAACUUGCUGAAACCAAGCAGAAACCACCGAGUGAAGAAUCCAAAGGUAAUUCUCUCUUUGCAGAGGUAGAGGAUCGUCGUAAAAAAAUGCUGGAUCAGAUGUUGGUGUUGAGAAAGAGCUAUCACGAGGCGAAACGCGUCGUUGCAAUCAAGGACGCAGAGAUUCGCUCCUUGAAAAUCGAUAAAUCAGCUUUAAUGCGUAAGUGGGAGGAUGACAAAGUGGAUUCUCACUAUCGAGACACUAAGCUCAUGGAGAAGUACAAGGAGAGAAUUGCAGAGCUAGAACAAAAGUUACAAACCGAAAAAAAUAAGAGCAAUCAAUUGGAAAAUCAGAUAAACCCCACUGAUCAAAAUUUCAGCUUCUUCCAAUCAAUGCUAGGAACAAAGAAAAAUAAAAUAGAUGAAUUGGAAUCAAAACUGGAAAACGUUUCCAUCCAGGCAGUUCUAGAGGAGGAGAUGAAGCAUAAAUUGAGUAGACAACUAAGGUACUGGCGUUGUAAAGCAAUAGCCAGUGAUGCCCAACUUGAGGCCAUUAAGAGUCGUCUAGAGAUUGAUCCCCAAUUUAACACCACCGAUGUCCUGAAAAUCCUCCAGCAGACUGUAGAAAAGGAAUUAGAUCUCGAGAAUACUCUCGACCCACCUAUACCACCCCCCAAAGUAAUUGAGGAAAGUGUCAUAACAUUGGAACAAUUGAUGAAAGUACCAAACUGCUCAGCAAAAGUUUCACCAUCAACUUACGAUAAUUCAUCACUUAAUAGCUCGAGUGAGGACUUUGGAAACUCACUAUGUUUUGAUGGUUCUAGUGUUAAGAGAGAAUCAAUUAUGUUCAACGUACGAGAGGUAGGAAGCAGUUUCAAGGAAAUACAAAAAGAUCCAAUGAGCUCGAUCAUGAAGACUGAAAGAAAAUGUGAGGAUUACUGUAAAGAAGAGAUAGAAGAGUUAGAAGUCGAUAAGAAAAUGCAACAAGAAGCUACAAAAAUAAUACCAAGAAGCCCAAAAUGUUAUGAAUCUAAUAAGGAGAACGAAACUGAUAGAACUCACAAUGGAAAUACCCUUAAAUUAAAGUCUGCCUUUGCCCACGGAACUGCGAAUCUUCUCGCCUCCACAAACGAGCCUAAGAGGGAGAAAAAAACAUUGAAGUUUGCUGAUGAUACUGUGGACCCACCUCCGAGGACCCUCAAGAGAGAAGUUACACCGAAAUAUCCUAUUGUUUUCGUGUCGAACAAAUUCAUGCAUCCCUGAACAAGUAAUGGUUGUUCGACUAUUAUGAUAAAUCAUCCCUUAAGUGUUUAUUUCUUUUGAUAAUGUUAAGGUGUGCUGAAUUGAAUUAUCGUUUUGUAAAGAAUGUUUUUACCAUUUUCUUGAAACACUAGGGCUAAUAAAUAUUUUCAUUAUUA